CCCCGCGCCGCAGGGGGACGUUUCACUUGGAGGACUGUCUCGUUUCAACAACUUUAUGGCUCCCGGAAGUGCCUCCUCCCCGUUUCCUUCCCAGUCUCACGCCCGUGGGCGGUAGCGGGAGCGAUGGCGGCGGUAGCCGCCGGCCCCGGCCUGGGGUCUGGACCUGGGGACUCCCCGGAGGGUCCCGAAGCGGAAGCUCCGGAGCGUCGGCGGAAGGCGCACGGGAUGCUGAAGCUUUACUACGGCCUCUCGGAGGGGGAGGCGGCGGGACGCCCCGCGGGGCCCGACCCCCUGGACCCGACCGAUCUCAACGGGGCGCACUUCGACCCGGAAGUGUACCUGGACAAGCUGCGUCGAGAGUGCCCCCUGGCCCAGCUGAUGGACAGUGAGACGGACAUGGUGCGGCAGAUCCGGGCUCUAGAUAGCGACAUGCAGACCCUGGUCUAUGAGAACUACAACAAGUUCAUCUCAGCCACAGGUGAUCCCCACUGGGACACGCCCCUGGCAGCCUCACAUCCUCCAUUCCUCCCCACCCCCAUGUCGGGAAAACCAGCAGAAGUUUAG